AUGCCGCACGCCAGUCAGGUUCUCGUUUGUUUUGGGUUGCCUGACAUGUGUGAAGAGGAGCAGCUUCGAUUGUUUUUGCUGCGGUGUAUGCUCAGCAACUCUCUCCAUGUGCUCCUGCUGCCGGAAUCUCUGAGUUACAAAGCUCAAGAAUACUUCACAUCUCUCUGGAGAUUUUUGGUCCAGGAGCUUCAGGCUUCAGCCGGACAAAAAAAGUACUUGCUGGCCCUGGUGGUAUCGCAGAGAAGUUGUUUGCUCUUGGACUUUUUCCGUGCAUAUCAGCAAGAUCCACCCCAGCUGCGAGUUGACCUUUUGCGUACACAAAUCCAAGAGCGCUGCACCAUCGUCUGGUCGCAGACGACCUGUGCAGGCAAGUCCACCUGGGUCAAGCACGAGCUGCAGGGGCGCCGUCUUACGCAUACCUCAGUCAGCCUCAACGAGCACACCAGUGAGCUCCAGCUGAUCACGCAACUCCAAAGCUGUUGCAGGUGGCGCAGGGGUGCGAUAGUGCUUUGUAUAUCACCCUUGGUGCAAGCCCUCUGGGUGGAUGUGGUGGUGUUCCGGUUGUUGGUCCUUCGGAGAUUGGUGCAUGAGGAUGGCACGCCGUUUCUGCUGGAUGCAUUGGAGAGACUUUAUCUAGAAGUGCCCAAUGUGUUGGAUGAGACCUCACCUUUCCGAAGUCUGGCCUUUUUCGAUUUGGCUGCACGGCACGAGGCUCGGAUGGAGCUGAAUACUGAUCAUGGCGACCUGCAACUGGCGUGCCGGUAUCUCCGAACCUGCCAUCAUGCAGUGCUUGGGAGGGUAAUGCAAGAACAUGUCGGCCGGGAAGAGUGUCGACACCUCUUGGAGCACUAUGGUCCAAGAACUGCGAGUGAUGUUUCGGCCAUCGGCACUUCACCAGUCUUGGUCAUUUAUUUUGCGCGCCUUCUGUGCCACCUCUUCGAACAUGCCAUGCCGCUGCUGCGGCGGUGGCAUCGUGGCCAGUCGGAUGUGGCAGUGAUCCAAUUUUUUACCAAGUCCAUAUGCGACCUCGCGGGGGAGCUGGCAUCCAGGCACCUCUUGAGGAAUUCCUUUCUCGACUGGCACUGCAACAUCUUGCAGAUCCCUGAAGAUCGAGGAAGAUCUUUUCCGCUCUUGUAUGACUGGGGGUUGCGGAUCGUUCUGAUCCCGCACCACGGAGAUCGUCCAAGCGGUUUUGAUGUCCAUGCUUCUGGGUUUGUCCCAGUGGUGCGGGCUGGGAGUUUGAAGUUCUUGAACCAGGCUGAGAAGAAGCUGUCAAGCAAGGUGGGCCUGGACAUCAAGCCCUACGCAGAGCUGAGAAGUGGGACGGUAGACACAGUUGGAGAGGGAGAGAUAUUGCUGAACAAGAUCUUUGGCAUGUGCGACAACACCCAGGCCCUCCUGCAGCACGUGAAUCAAGUACGCCGUGACCCGCGGCUUCUUCGCUUCGCCCUCACCGUCGACAACAUCCUGAAGAUGGUGGCGCUCUACCAUCGUGUCACUUCCGGCGUGCCCGUGGUGAUCAUGGGGGAGUCUGGCUGUGGCAAGAGUGCUGUGGUGUGCUUCCUUGCCAAGUUUUUGCGCCUCAGGGUCUUCACACUCGAUGUGCACGGUGGCCUGGAGGAAGAAGACAUUCUCAAGUUCAUGGAUGAGGCAAUCGCUGCAGCCUUUGGGCAGCCGAACGAGAUAGUGUGGACCUUCUUAGAUGAGAUCAACACGGCCAGCUGUGUGGGUCUUUUUCGAGAGCUUAUUUGUGAUCGCACUAUGCAGGGAACCCCACUGCCAGAGAAUCUGAAGGUUUUUGCGGCCUGCAACCCCUAUCGCUUGAAGCAGAAGUGGCACGAGACUGGUGGCUUUCAAGCCACAGACGCCGGCACAGGUGAACAACAGAUUGCCCCACUGACCGAUUUGGUCUAUGCCGUGUAUCCGCUUCCAGCAUCACUCAUCGCUUGCGCUUGGGACUUUGGGAUGUUGAGCACCGCCGAGGAGGAGCGCUAUGUGAAUGCCAUCCUCAAGUCCUUGCCAUAUGGCUCAAGCGAACCACGGCCUAUGCGCAAGUUGAUGGCCAUUGCGGUUCUGACAUGCCACAAGUUCAUGCGGAAAUGGGAUGUGGCAGCAGUAUCUCUGAGGGAUGUUGCCAGAGUCGCCAAGCUGACGGCAUACUACCAAACAAAAUUGGAGCAUCGUGACCCUACAAGUGACUCACUCUUGCUCAAGGCUUUCUUUGUGUCCCUGUGCCUUUGCUACUGGUUUCGGCUGAGCUCUGAACACCGCUCAAAGCUCCUCGAGACCAUCGAGUGGGAGUUUGGACGGGCGUGGACGGCGGAAAAGCUCUGGCUGGACGAUGGCCGGUGGCGUCUCAAGGAAGCAGUAGAAGCCUAUUGGCCGAACCUGCCAGAAGGGUGGUACAAGGCCUCCUUCAUUGAAGAGCUGAUUCAAGAGGAGAUGACGCACAUGAUCAACGCCCUGCUGCCCUUGCCGCCUGGUGUCGCUCCGAAUGGAGCACUUCGAGAGAACCUUUUUGUGAUGAUCCUUUGCAUUGAUGCACGGCUCCCUUUGGUACUUGUUGGGAAGCCCGGCUCCUCCAAGAGCCUGGCCAUGCAGAUCAUCCGUGACUAG